AUGUCAGGCAAAGAACAACAAAAACAACACUUAAAAAAUAUCACGCUGUGCCUGGGGUCUGGUCUCUGCCUUUUGGCCAAGCCAAAAACGACGAAAUCUACUACAACUAAGAAGCCAAAAACAACGAAAUCGACAACGACUAAGAAGCCAACGACAACGGAAUCGACAACCACCACAGAAGAAACAACGGAGACAACGCCUACUACUGAAGAGACAACUACGAUAUCCUCCACAUCAGAAACAACAACUCCUGAGGAGUCGACAUCAACAACAGAUAAUGCGGAGACAACAACUACCGAAAAAUCUCUAACUACUGAACGUCCCACAACAACAAAGAAAACUACUAGAUCGACCACCACAAAGAAGCCAAAAACAACAAAAUCGACAACUACUAAAAAGCCAAAAACAACGAAAUCAACAACGACUAAGAAGCCAAAAACGACGAAAUCUACUACAACUAAGAAGCCAAAAACAACGAAAUCGACAACGACUAAGAAGCCAACGACAACGGAAUCGACAACCACCACAGAAGAAACAACGGAGACAACGCCUACUACUGAAGAGACAACUACGACAUCCUCCAAAUCAGAAACAACAACUCCUGAGGAAAUCGACAACCACAACAGAAGAAACAACGGAGACAACGCCUACUUCCACAUCCGAAACAACAACUCCUGA